CUAAACAAACGUGAUCAACAGUGCAGACGACCCGAGCUGAAAGUGAAAGCAGAAAGCUGCCAGGUCAGUGUGUGUUGGUGUGUUCACAGGGACGACAAUAUAGCUGCACUUUGAGAAGAACUCUGCAGUAUGCCGCCACCCAAGACUGAGACCAAAGGAGCAAGCGGGACACAGAGAAAGGACAAUCAGCCCAAAGUUCAGCCAUUCAAGAAUAAAGGCAAAACCAAGGAGAUGGUUGUGCAGAAAUCUCCUUCAAUGACCAAAUACGAGUUCAUCACAGACAUAUCUGUCAUCAUUGAUGAAGAUAAUUACAGAGACCCUGCAAGAUUAACAACAAUUCUUCAAUCUUACAUUCAUGAGAAAAAAGGUUCCUCAUACAUAGUGAGAGGGACCUUCGAUGUACUUGACAAACUUGCAGCCUAUCUGUCAACAGUGAAGCAUCUCGCCAGUCCUGCCACACAGGGACCAACCUGUCUGCAAGAUGAACAUGCUUCACCUCAAGUCAAACCUCUGGAUGUAUCUGGGUUUGUCAUGGCCUACAUUGAGCAAAAAUGUGCAAAAGAACUUGAAAAAAUUCAAGGGAAGAGUUUUGCCAUUGAAACACAGCCUGACCCCAGAACAGUGCGCAAUAAAGGUAGCAGCAGCACAGUACGGGUGACUUUCAGAUCACACCAUGGAUCCUCAAACCCUGCACAUGCUGACUUUGUCAGACAGCGAUUCAUCACAUUCUACCAGAGAACUGCCUCCGACCUGCAGGUCUCUUCUGUCCCUGUGGGUACACACGACCACAAAGACCUGCAGAGGAGAUUUCCACUCCUCAUUUUUAAACACAGCCACAAUAGAAAUGAAGUUACAGUGACUGGGUCUUUUGUGCACAUCGCUAAAUUGAAAGAAUUCCUUUUACAAAAAACACGAAGCUCAAGCAAGAGUCCAGUAAACAAAGGUCCAGCAGACACUCCAAGCAGGAGCACCCCAGGUCCUUCAUCUGCACAGAGCAAAGAUCCUGAAGAAGAAACAUGUCCGAUCUGUAUGGACGUGAUAGUAGCCACAGAGAAACAGACGCUGCGGUGCAAACACUCGUUUUGCAGAAACUGUCUGAAAAAAGCUUUUGACUACAAGCCUGUAUGCCCGACAUGUGGAGAGUUAUACGGCACUUUGAAAGGGACACAACCUGAUGGAGGAAGAAUGACUGUCACCAAAAAUUCUGCAUCUUUGCCGGGAUAUGAGAAACAUGGAACAAUAAUGAUCCAUUAUCACAUUCCAAGUGGCAUCCAAAAGCAGGAGCAUCCUAACCCCGGUCAACCAUAUGAAGGUGCAACACGUUCAGCCUAUCUCCCAGACUCCUUAGAGGGCAAAAAGAUCCUGACCCUGCUGAAACGAGCCUUUGAUCAGAGACUCGUCUUCACUGUUGGUCGCUCCACCACCAGCGGCAGGAACAAUGUGGUCACAUGGAAUGAUAUUCACCACAAAACCUCAACACAUGGAGGACCAACUAACUUUGGAUACCCAGAUCCUGAUUAUUUCAGCCGACUUCGAGAUGAACUGAAAGUCAAGGGACUUGAAUGAGUCACUUUUGGAUUUCUCAACAAAUAGAUGUGGAAAUAAGAUUCUAUAUUAAAAUACACAACACUCAAGUUACACUAAAGUUCUGUACAAACAGGGAUGAUACCCAGCUUCAACUGUCUUUUUUUUUGUUAUUUCUUUUUCUGAGUUCUCUUUUGUCAUUUGUCAAAAAUCCAAGAACAGACACGUGUGUGUUCUUGGAUUUUUGUUUGUUGAUUUAUUUUGUUAUAUAUUAUAAUCAUUCCGUUACAAUGCUUAAUAUGUUGUUUGAAAACACUAAAUAUGGAAAAACUGAAAAAUAAGUAAAUUCUUUAUUGAUCUGUUGUAGGUUCUUUAAACUUCAUGAUGUGUAAAAAGUCUUAAUUUGGUGGCGAGGCAAAUAGCUAACUGGGCUAUCUUGUUAUAUAAUAUUUAGAAGGUUAUAUAUCCAGUAGCUUGUGUAUCCAAUGUCUUCAAUUCAUUGUCUUCUAUCACAGCACUAAUAGUGCUGAUUUAAAGUGCUGUAGGAUUAAAUGACCACCCAGCCUUCCAGCUACUAACAGGCCACAACAUACAGAUUGCCUUGAUAAGAAAGGAGGAUCACAUUAGAUAAGACUCACCUUCAGAAAGCAUGAAAUGUUAGCAGCCUUUGAGUUUUUGUUGAACACAUUUGUUAAUGUUAUAUAACCUUUCUGCACAUGACUUCCUCAAUCUUCUUUCAGCCCAUACAUGAUAUUGUCCUGAUAGCAGAGAUUAUGGUCAUUUUAUAUGUACAAUAGGCACACAGGCGAGUGUUGGCUGAAGGAGUUGAAGCAUUGCAUGUCUUGUGGGUUCAAUUCCCCAAUUUCUAGUCGGACUGCAUUCGCUGCACUUGAACAGGAAAGAGACAGUCACUUCAAACACGGCCUCUGAACGAAGAGGAACUUUGGGAGUUGCAGGAUGACACUAUUCAACCCACACUGUCACUUCAGUGCACUGUAGACCUUAGAAAUUAAUGACUCACAUUUGUUAUGCAUGUCAAUUUAUUUGGCACAUAGGAUUAAACCUCAAUUGUGUGAAAUUUUGUUUUGUUCUGGUUUAUAUUUUUUAUUUGUCUGAAUUUAACAUGUGCCAUGUUGAAUUGAGUACAUCUCAGAAAAUCAACCUUACCUCCUAUAAAUUACUUUCAUUCAGAUUUACUGCUGCAGCAUUUUGAAAAUAAAUGACCUUACUGUU